AUGUGGAUAAUUUUAAGUCUUGUGUUUUCAUGUUUGCCCUGUAUAACUGGACAUAUUUCCCUCAUUUAUCCACCGUCCAGAAAAUAUGAUUUCGAUUUUAUGGAUAAUUUACUUACCCCGGGACCAUGCGGCGUACCAACAGGUUUAGGUCCAUCGACGACAUUAUUAGCUGGAUCAACUAUAAAUGUCAAAUUUCAUUUAGCAUAUCCCCACAAGGGAGGGUUUUUCUUGGAAGUUAUGAACAACAACACCAAUGCCAUACUACGACAUCCACAAUCAGGUGUUUUGUCAAGUUCGAAUACAACGCUUCGAUCAGCUGAAUUAACUCUCCCAAAUCAAGAAUGCAGGGGAUGUUGGAUACGAUUAGUAAGACAGGCAGCAGAAUGGGUGGCUAGUUGUCGAAAAGGUUACGUGUUUUGGUCUUGUGCUGAUGUUGAUAUCAUUCAAACAGGUUUCAUUGAGUCAUGUAGUGGUCAUGGUACAUGGAGAAAUAAUAAGUGUGAAUGUGGAAUGCUGUGGAUAGGAGAUAGAUGUGAACAUAAAGUUGAUUGUAAAGACGCCAGUGAUUGCAAUGAUCAUGGUGAAUGUGUAGAUAUUGCUACAGAUCCUAACCCAAUUAAGCAUUGUUAUUGCCAACAUGGAUGGCACGGUAUACAGUGUGAUAAAACCUCCAGUGUGGCCACCAAGAAUAUCGAUUACAGUUUAUACAAAAAAAGCGAACUCAGUCCAGAUUAUAUGUUAUUCUAUAGAUAUAUUGCGAUUUCUGAAGAGAUUGAAAUGGUACUAAAAGUGAACUCUUCUAACUGGGUAGCUAUUGGAUGGAGACCCCAAUCUUUCCGGUCAGGAUGUCAGCUUUUCCCUAACCUACCGAAUGCUAGAGCGUGGUCAGCGGGUGAAGAUGAGGUAAACACAAAAGAAACUACCCCAAAACCAGAAGGUGAAGCUGAGGCAACAACAGAACCAGAAUCUGUACCAGAGACCCCGAAACCAGAAGGAGAAGUAACGUCUGAACCAGAAACGGAAGGUGAAGUAACGUCUGAACCCGAAACAGAAGGUGAAGUAACGUCUGAACCCGAAACAGAAGGACAAGUAACGUCUGAACCUGAACCUGAAACGGAAGGUGAAGUAACCUCUGAACCUGAAACGGAAGGUGAAGUAACGUCUGAACCCGAAACAGAAGGUGAAGUAACGUCUGAACCCGAAACAGAAGGACAAGUAACGUCUGAACCUGAACCUGAAACGGAAGCAGAAGUAACAACAGAACCAGAAUCUGAACCGGAGCGUGCUUGUGGUUCAGAAUGGUCCACGGGCUGUACUAAUGCCGGUUGCACAUAUAAAGCGAGCUGGACCUAUGAUAGCAGUAAUGACGAAAUAAACUUUGUUUUGGAAAGUACAUCAACUACCAGUUGGUUGGCAAUCGGAUUUUCGGAUGAUCAAUUGAUGCCAGGUUCUGAUGCCUUUUAUGGAUUCUAUGAAAACAAUCAACUUAUUGUCAAAGACGCAUAUUUGGCAGCGAAACAAACGCCAACAAUUGAUGGAACUCAGAAUGUGGUAGUUGUCAAUGGCGCUGUUACUAAUGGUAUUCUGAAAAUAGAAGUAAAACGAGCAAGAAACACGGGUGAUUCAGCUGAUAAGUCAUUUACUGACUCUGAUUGUUACUAUUUUCUCUAUGCAAUGGGUACAGUUAACAGCGGUUCAAUAUCAUAUCACUCAAAAAGGUGGAUCUCAACAGAGAAAAUAUGUAUCAAAGCAUGCGCUAUUGACCAGUCUUAUUUAUCUUUAACAAUAAAGUCAGUAGGGGCCUAUGUAGUAACUACCCCAAAACCAGAAGGUGAAGCUGAGGCAACAACAGAACCAGAAUCUGUACCAGAGACCCCGGAACCAGAAGUAACGUCUGAACCUGAAACGGAAGGAGAAGUAACGUCUGAACCUGAAACGGAAGGUGAAGUAACGUCUGAACCUGAAACGGAAGGAGAAGUAACGUCUGAACCUGAAACGGAAGGAGAAGUAACGUCUGAACCUGAAACGGAAGGUGAAGUAACGUCUGAACCUGAAACAGAAGGUGAAGUAACGUCUGAACCUGAAACGGAAAGUGAAGUAACGUCUGAACCUGAAACAGAAGUUGAAGUAACGUCUGAACCUGAAACAGAAGGUGAAGUAACGUCUGAACCUGAAACAGAAGGUGAAGUAACGUCUGAACCUGAAACGGAAAGUGAAGUAACGUAUGAACCUGAAACAGAAGGUGAAGUAACGUCUGAACCUGAAUCGGAAGGUGGAACAAAAACUUGCCAAUCACCUUUACCAGAACUAGGCUAUUCGAGUGGAGGUCGUAUUGUUGGUACCAAUGACCGAAAUGGAAAUGCUCCGCGUUAUGGAAUGGAUUGUUCAGAUAUUAUUGUGGGUACAGCAAGAGGUGAAACAAGUAGAAUAGGUGAUUACUACAGCCGCGAUAGAUCCACACCUAAACAUGAUAGCGUCUAUGGUGGUGAAGACAGUCUAACUGCAGCUUUAGGCUUUGAAAAUGAUGGUCAAACAGUGAUUGUAUUUAGGAGAAAAGUUCAAGCAUUCCACAGAUCUGAUCACACUAUUGAAAAAGGUAUAAUGAGUGUGAUUUGGGCACAUGGACAAAUAGAAGAUAGUUAUAGACAUAAUCCAGAAUCUGGUGAUAAACCAGGCUUUUAUGCCAAAGAUCAGCUUCUCUAUCAUGGUGCUAGCCCCAACAGAGGAACUGCAAGUAUAAACUUCUUGGAAAGUGCCCGAGAUCUCAGUACAUCGUGUAAUGGUAACUGGCCUACUGAAUGUGAUAACUGUGACCUGGAAGUGUCGUGGGUUUAUAAUGAAGACACGGAUGAUAUCAGUUUUACAAUGAAGGCAAGAUUAAAUGAAGAAAGCAAAUGGAUCGGUGUUGGAUUUUCUAAGGAUAAAAACAUGGCUAAUUCUGAUGCUAUUAUUGGCUGGGUUGAUAAUGGUCAGGUGCACGUCUCUGACAGGUGGAUGACUGGGCAAGUUCAACCUCAGAAAGAUGCCAAAGACGAUAUUAAAAAUAAACGUGGUAUAGUUGAAAAUGGUGUAACCACUAUAACCUUUGAUAGAGCAAGAGAUACCGGAGAUAGCAGUGAUUUGGCUUUCACUGAUAAUCAAUGUUUGUAUAUGUUCUAUGCUGUGGGUGGCGGCUAUAAAAGUAGUGAUGAAAGUAUCACGAAACAUGGAAAUACACCAACAGUAUCAUCUAGUAAAAUCUGUAUUCGAUCUUGUGAUGUUGUUGCAAGUGGAACAAGUUUAAUAUCAACGGUUGAAGUUACCUUUAAUAAUCAAUAUGAUUCCAAACUGAGUGAUAGAGCAUCUGAUGAAUUUAAGAAUUUAGAACGUACUAUGAAAGAAUGGAUGGAUAUGGUAUUCAAAUCUCUCCCUGGUUAUCUGGAAACUAAAAUUCUUCAAUUCAAACAAGGAAGUAUCAUAGUGGUAGCUGAUGUAGAAUCUAUUAGAGAUAGUGACUCAGUGUCCAAUAAAGCCCAGUAUAAAACAGAUAUAGAAAGUCUAUUACAGAGAGGUCAAAGUUCGCCUCCACAAGGCUAUACUAUCACUGGUUUCAAUGUUGGUAACCCAAGAUCAGUUCAAGCUCCUAAACCAUUCCGUUUAACACUGAUCGAAGAGAUUGUAAUUGGUCUUACUGUAUCUUUGGUGAUUGUAAUUGUAAUAGUGGCUGUCUGUAAAUUAUCAGAAACACAACGUGAAAAGAAAAAGGCAGCGGCAUCAAAUAAACACCAGAGGUUUAAUGGAGACAGCAGUUCAGGAUCUAGUACAACCAGUUUAUCAAACCAGAAACCAACUCUGGAUUAUAAGAUGCCAGCCCAGGGAUAUACUAAUGCUGGAUACAAUACUACAUUAAAUUCCAGUAAUGGUACCCAAAGAUCAACUAUCACUUAUGAUGAAUUCAUCAAAACAAAAAAUAUUCCUUAA